AUGUUAGAUGAUGCUCAAGCAAAUUCGGAAUGUAUCGCUUACGUGAUUAACUACAUGUCGGGCUUCAGCCAGCAGAGUAACGUUGUAUACGCUGGUUACCAAGGUGGCACUUUCUAUAUGCACGCUGGAGUCCUCUACAACCCACUUAAAUAUGCACUUAUCGUAAACGUAUUGAACCAUGAUGGCCUCGGUGCCAUUUCCAGCAUAAAAGUUCCGGAAAUAUGCGCUUCCAAUGUUGCAACACUAAAUUCGGGGAGGCUGAUGCAAGGGAUGAAGGAAUAUUUGUUGCGUGACAUGGUUGGAGACGAUAAUUAUGACCGCUAG